GUGGAAAAUCAAGAUGCAACUUGCUUAUACGUGACACAUAAAGAAAACAUCGGGCCAUUCCAUUCAAAGCCAAUGAAAGCCAAUAUUAAUGUGAUUUUUUGUUAUACAAUUGACUUGUUUAAACCAUGUGUUUCCAUUACAUAAUAUCCUUUAUACAUAUUACUACUAUCCCCCCUCCUUUUUUUUUGUAUUAUUAUUAUACAUCUUUUCUCAAAAAUAAUGUCACACUGAAAAAAUUUAUGUUGACAUGUUUUGUUUUUGCUUUUUUUUUUUCGACUUAUAUUUUACAAUUUUAUGUAUUUAAGUACAUGUUCGUAACCGUAGAUAUCGUGAAAUGAUGUCAUUACCUUUUUUUUUUAUUUUUGUUUAUUUUUCUGCAAUAAAAUGGAAAGAAC